AAGCAUCGACAUACAAGUUAAAGCAUUGAAGUUAAACCACUUGAAUCGAAUGAUUGAACAGCUCCCACACUUAACGCAAAUCAAGUUGCGAUGUGUUUCUGACUUUAUCAAUGUUGGCCAAGCUAUUUCAUACAUCAUUCAGUGCUGUACGAAAUUGGAAGUUCUAUCGAUCGGCGUUCCGAAAUUGUCGGAGCUAAAACAUUCAUUCAUCUACGAAAUGGCUGAAGCAACUCAACACAAUCCAAAAAUGAAAAUGAAAUUAUUGAAAGUGGAUUGUUCACUUGAAAAAGCGCUCACUGCAUACCGGGGUACAGUUCGUCGUGGUUAUGCAAUAUUGUAUUGGAAUGACUAUGAUCACAUCCAUAGCAAGACAUCAACGGGUUUGCUGGACUUGAACGAGAAAUGCACCCAGAAAAUAAUUCAACUCAUUAGCACAAGUCUUAAUGAUUUAGCCGCACUGUUCAAUACCUGUAAAAGAACCCAACAAGCGGUCAAAGAUUACCUGUCGGAAAAUGCUGUACGCGCGUCGAUUGUGCCAGCGGCUCUUGACAAGAAUGUGCUUGAAUGUUUGGGCGAGCAUAUUUUACGGGCAGAACUUUCUCGGGGUUGUGACUUACCUCUUCAAAGUCAAAAUGAUUUCGAUGAUGACUAUAUGGAUGAACUAUAUAAUGAAGCAUGCAAAUUUCGGCAAGACCUCAACCGAUACUGCUUGAAUUUGACUGAGUUGACUGUGGAUGUCUUCGAUGAUGAUGAUCUCUUGGAUGAAUUCGAUCAUCCGUGGCCAAAUCUAACUAAGAUCAAAUUAUCUUACUGUUACGAUGACGGCUACCAGAAUUUGCAACAGUUCACUAGUCCCAAGCUGGCUUACAAUGCAGUGCUUUGAUUUCAUUGAAACAAAUCCAGGAACUUUCGCUCGGCAACUAUACUGAAGACUACAUUCGAUGCCGUGGAGAAGUCAACAAAGGACGCGUGCGGGAGUUGAUCAGAGUCGUGUCUCGUUUCCGCAAUGCAGCCUCAACGUAUCACAUAAUUCGUAACUGCUGCGACCUGCUGCUAAAAGCCUAGUCACUGUUUUGUUUCGGUUCUCUUUUCGCAAACAGAACCACAAAUCAAUAUUCCAACAAAAAAUCAAAUCGAUAUAUUGAUAAGAAAACCAAACAAAAAAACAUUCUUUCAGGAUAAUUUCCUUUUUUUUCAAAUACAAAUUUUAA